AAUCAUGGAACUUCUCAAAUCAAUCACAUAGAUCUGCACGCAAAAAGCUAUCUUUGAACCUUAAAAGCUUCUCUUUCAAAAAUCGGGAUGAGUUUCAAGAUGAUUGUGAACAACUUCGCUCACCGUUGGAUGAUGAUCCACUCCAAAGUCUCGAAAUUUCUUAUGUUGCCCAGAUCUGUUUGUCAUGGGAGGUGCUUCAUUGCCAGUAUACUCAACUGAACUUACGGGUCUCGUCUCAGCCAGAUAAUCCAACACCGUAUGGUCAUUCCGCUCAGGAGUUUCAACAAUAUCAGGUUCUUCUUCUGAGGUUUAUCGAAAAUGAACCCUUCGAGCGUGGUUUGAGGGGGGAUAUUUAUUGCCGAACUCGAUCUACCUUGUCCAAAUUGCUUCAGGUUCCUAAAAUCGAAGGUUCUGUUCACAAAGCAAAGGGCAAUGAAGAUCUAGACCCACCUGUUCUUGCCCAUGAGCUCUUGAGUAUAGUGGAAAGUUCAAUUUUCACCUUUCAUGAUUUUCUGAAGAGGGAUAAGAAAAAGUUUACUGCAGCUUUGAGUUUUGUCAAAGGUCACAACCAUGAUGCAAGCUCCCUUCAGCAGGUGCAUGCAUCUCUCGACAAGAAGGAAAUUAAAAUAAAAGAGCUUUCAAAGAAAAAAGAAUGGAGGAAAUCCAGGCCUACAACCCCAUCAGAGGUGGACUUAUUUUUAGCACUCAUUGACAUUAAAGUUGUCUCCAGGGUGCUGAGGAUGGCUCGCAUCAGCGAAGAGCAGCUGCUGUGGUGUGAAGAGAAGAUGAGCAGGUUGGAUCUAUCAGACAACAGGCUCAGAAGGGAUGCCAGCCCAGUUCUCUUCCCUUGCUGAUCUGUAACUACUCUACCGUUCCUGCUGACUGUAAGAGGAAUAUUUGAGUACGUAAUUGCUCACUCAUUGUGUGCUUUAUUAUUAUUAUUAUUAUUGUUAUUGUUUCUGUUGUUAGGAGUGCACAAUGAGUACUCAGGUUUUUACUCCCAUGGUAGGAAUUUGCAAUUAGUUUCUAGUGUUACAUGAUUUUUUGUUGCAUGGGAGAAUUGGAUGUAAGGAAAAAAUGCGAUGAAUUGAGUAUAAGAGAUCUAUGUUGGCUUUA